AUGGCUAGGGGACCAUUAGUGCUCCUGCCGGCCACUGAGGGCUGGUGGUGCUGUUCUCCUCCUUUGCAUCUGUGGCACAGGCUGAAGAAAGCCCGGGGUCCCUCCGCUAAGGCUGAGCCCUUUGUAUUGUAUUGGCCCCUGAAAUCCAGGAGCACCCGUCUCCCCUCACACGUUGUUGACAAUGGUUUCUGGACCCGUAGCCGUGAUGCCUUUGGAUGCAUCGCGUACCAAACACCGGCUCAGUCUCCGCCUAUAAAAGCAGUUUUACCUGCAGCCCCGGGCCUCGCAGCCCUUCUCUGUAUCUGUUUCCAAGGAGAUGACAUUUUCACGCAGGCGAAGACAGCAUGUAAAUAUCUAGGCGGAGUUCCUCAGUCCCACCUCCAACCUCGCGCACUGCCGGGGCUGUGCUGGCCUCCCCACCCUCAACUGCUAGGAACCGGCCCUGGGGGCAGGGAGCUCUGUCACUUUGGGAAGAAGACGCUUGGGCAGCUAGCCGGCUGUGUGUGGGCGUGGAGUGAUUGGCGGGCUCAGUGUGCUGACCACAGCUUCCCAGGCUUGGGAGGUGGCGACGGCGGCGGCAGCAACAGCAGCACCCUAGGAGAGACCACCAGGCUCAACAGCACGAGAAACCUGAUGGAGAAUCCCAAGAGCUUCAGCAGCGAUGAUAUGGAGUUGAGGAAUGAGACCACAAAAGCAACUCCAAAAGAAAACAUUACAGGAGAAGAAUCAUCCCAUGGGGUAAAAGUAGAAAGACUCAUAUGGGCUGAUCUUUGCUAUUCUACUUUUAGGGAAAUUGGGAAAAGUGAGAGUCAGAAAAAAAGGCAGCAGGUAAAGUUGGGAAGUAAUGUGAGAAAAAUGACUAAACACCAGCAGAUUCAUACUGGAGACAAUUGUUGUAAAUAUAAUGAAUGUGGUAAAGCCUUCAGUCAACACUCAAACCUUACAGAACGUAAGAAGAUCCCCACUGGAGAGAAGCCUUUUAAAUGUAAUGAAUGUGAGAGAGCAUUCACUUGCAUCUCAAGACUUAAUCGACAUCAGAAGAUUCAUACUGGAGAGAAGCCUUAUAAAUGUAAUGAAUGUGGGAAAACCUUCAUUCAGAGCUCAAAUCUUAUUCGACAUCAGAUGGUUCAUACGGGAGAGAAGCUUUUUAAAUGUAGUAAGUGUGGGAAAGCAUUCACUCGCAAUUCAAGACUUAUACGACACCAGAAGAUUCAUAUCGAAGAGAAACCUUAUGUAUGUGAUGAAUGUGGGAAAGCCUUUAUUCAGAGCUCAAAUCUUACUCGACAUCAGAAGAUUCAUACUGGAGAGAAGCCUUUUAAAUGUAAUGAAUGUGGGAAAGUAUUCACUCGCAAGUCCAGACUUAUUAGACAUCAGAAGAUUCAUACCGGUGAAAAGCCUUAUAAAUGUAAUGAAUGCGGGAAAACCUUCAUUCAGAGCUCAAAUCUUAUUCGCCAUCAGGUGAUUCAUACUGGAGAGAAGCCUUAUACAUGUAAUGAAUGUGGGAAAGCCUUCAUUCAGAGCUCAAAGCUUGUUAGGCAUAAGAUGGUUCAUACUAGAGAAAAACAUUAUAAGUGGAAUAAAUGUGGGAAAGCCUUCAGUCAGAGCUCAAACCGUGUUAUGCAUCAGAUGAUUCAUAUUGGAGAGACACCUUAUAAAUGUAGUGAAUUUGGGAAAGCUUCCAAUCAAUGCUCAAACCUUACAGAACAUAAGAAGAUCCCUACUGGAGAGAAACUUUUUAAAUGUAAUGAAUGUGAGAGAGCAUUCACUUGUAUCUCAAGACUUAAUCGACAUCAGAAGAUUCAUACUGGAGAGAAGCCUUAUAAAUGUAAUGAAUGUGAGAAAACUUUCAAUCAGAGUUCAAAUCUUAUUCGACACCAGAUGAUACAUACUGGAGAGAAGCUUUAUAAAUGUAAUGAAUGUGGGAAAGCCUUCACUCGUAAGUCAAGACUUAUUCGACAUCAGAAGAAUCACACUGGAGAGAAACCUUACAAAUGUGAUGAAUGUGGGAAAACUUUCAUUCAGAGUUCAAAUCUUAUUCGACAUCAAAUGAUUCAUAUUGGAGAAAAGCCUUAUAAAUGUAAUGAAUGUGGCAAAGCUUUCAUUCGAAAAUCUCACAUGAUCCUACACCAGAGGACACAUAUUAGAGAGAAGCCUUAUAAAUGUAACGAAUGUGGGAAAGCAUUCAUUCAAAGCUCAGACCUUGAUAAGCACCAGAGAAUUCAUACUGGAGAGACACCUUAUAAAUGUAAUGAAUGUGGAAAACCUUUCUUUACAAACUCAUCCCUGGUUCGGCACCAACGGAUUCAUAAUGGAGAGAAGUCUUAGAAAUGCAAUCAAUGUGGCAAAGCAUCCUGUAACUCUUCACAUGUUAUUUGAAAACAUUCCUUCAGAAAAGAAUAAAUGUGGGAAAACAUUCCUUCAGAGUUAAAGUCUUAUUCUAUGGCAGAGGAUUCAGACUAGAGAAUAGAGUUAUCAAAUUCCCAACAGAAAUUAAUUUGGGGGGUUUCAUAAUGAAAAAUCUGAAUACUUGGGAAUUCAUAGAAUCAUAAGUUAUUUGGUAUUUUCCAGAACAUUUCAUGUUUAAGUGAGUGGUCAUAAUAGUAAAGUGGAUCAUUUUUCUUUGAUAUGGUUAUACGAAAAGUUUCAGGGUUUUUCUGUACAAAACUGAUAUAAAAUUGUGUGGAUUAUUACUAUUAUGGUUAAUUAAUUAAUUUAUUUAGAAUUUUCCCCCAAGUUACAUGUAAAAAAAAAACCCAAA